CGGCAGCAGACCAACCCCUUGCCUCACACCUCACACACCCCGCCACUUGGUCACGAACAGGCAAUGCCAACCCAGAUAGCCCAAAUGGAAAUGGACCAGCCAGUUGAGUUGAUCCACCAGCAGGAGGACGACGAGCAACGCAGCAACAGCGAGGUGAUGGAUGUGGAGGUGCAGCAGCAUCAGCAACAACACCAGUCAGCAACUACAACACCUGCUGCAGAAGAACCAUCGUCACCGGCAGCGGUGCCGACAGACGACGCUGGCGCUGAGAGUGGCAGCGAGAGCAGACACGACACGCGACAGGAAUCACUGGCUGAAGACCCUGACUCCGCCAUCAAGUUUCUUGUUCCGAACUUCCAGGCCGGCAGCUUGAUCGGAAAGAAGGGCGCGACAAUAAAAGAUAUCCAGCUGAAGGCCUCGUGCAUGGUGCGAAUCGCGACGAGCGGGAUGUACUACCCAGGGACGAUGGAGAGAGCGGUGUUGGUGGCGGGCGAGACUGAGGGGGUCAAGCAAGCCUGCGGUCUGAUCCUGCACACUCUCCACGUCCCGGACAACAACGAAUCGGGAUGUGCGAAGCUUGUGAGCGAGGAAAAGGCGGAAGCCAUUGAAGUCACUCAGCGCUUGCUCAUCCCCCUCACGGCCGGCGGCUUAGUGAUCGGGCGCAGAGGAGCCAACAUCGCCGCCCUCCUGGCGGCCUCGGGCGCGAAGGUGACCCUGGGGCAGAAGGCCGACGUCAAGGUGCACGAGAGGCUGGUCACGGUCCAGGGCAAGCUCACGUCGGCGACCAAGGCUGUGGAGAUGCUGGUGGACAAGCUCGUGGAGGAACCGGUGCUCUCCCGCUUCGCCAACCUCAGCGUCAACUACCGGGGCCACGGUUCGAGCCACUCCAAGGCGGCCAUGGCGGCGGGCAUCGUUCCUGCCCCCCUGCCUUACCAGCGGGCCCCCCGAGACCCCUCCACACCGCAGAAAGCAGCGUCGGAUGCCGGCACGGAGCCGGACACGGCUGCUGCGGCCGCCGCCGCCGCCAGCCCUGCCGCCGCCGCCGCCAGUCCCGUCGCGGCGGCCGCCUCGCCCGUCGUUACCCCCGUGAUGAUUGGAAGCUCUGUUACCUCCUCGCCGGCGACCAGUGCGACUGGUCGUAGGAUUACAUCUCCCCCGAGGCUGUCGUCGUCGUCGCCCCGCAGGACAGCCCGCGGUGCCCGCGGCGGUGGCCGAAUGGUCGGUCGCGGGUUUGGGUCGGGGAACGUGGGGAACAGGUUCCAGCCUCAGCAAUUCCGACAGCAGCAUCAGCAGCAGCACCACCACCAACAGCCGAUGCACCAGCAGCAGCCCCACCGCCAGCACCAGUUUUAUCGUCAGCAGUCGGGAUCAAUGCAGUUCCAACAGCAGCACCAGUACCAGCACCAGGGCGUUCAGUUUCAUCAGCAGGCGCAACCGCAGCACCAGCACCACCAGCAGCGCUUGCCCAUGUCUCCGGCCUCGAUCGCGCCGCCGACGCCGCCGCCGCAAAUCCAGCUUCCGCAGCCGCAGCCGCAGCCGGCGUCCAUGGUGGUGUCGCUCCCCAUGGGCCCAGGAGGACCGAUGGUGUCAAGCCCAAUGCAGAUGGCUCCCAUGGGCCCGAUGUCACACCCUUCGGCCACCGCCCCCGUGUACACGAUGUCUUACGCCCCCGCGCCUGCCGGCAACUUGUACCACCAAGGAGGAAUGCAGGCGGCUCCGAGCAUGCCCGGACCGGUCGCCACUGUCGGGGGUGAUGGACAGCCUCGCGGCUACCCGGCCAUGGCAGUGCCGCCGCAGCAGCAGCAUCAACAACAGCAGCAGCAGCAGCAGCCGCCACAGCAGCUGCCGCGGCAACAGCUCGGGAUGUUCCCGAUGGAGCCCAUGACGAACCCUGUCGCGGCUGCCAUCGCGUCUUGCCAACCCACCACCACCGUUACCGUGGGCGUCCCGAACAACAUGAUAGGGGCGAUCCUUGGUCCGGGGGGAGCCAUCAUUAGCGAGCUCCAGGCGCUGAGCGGGGCGAGGAUCAACGUCAGCCAGAGGGACGCUUUCAUGCCCGGCACGGAGAACCGCAUUCUCACCAUCACCGGCGGUCCGCAGGCCACGCAGACUGCACAGUACCUGGUUUCCCAGAAGAUCGAGGCGUUUGUGCAGAGGCCAAGAGGAUGGUGAACGGAGGCGUGUUUUAACGAGUAGCGCCAAGCCUUUUUUUUUUCUGCUGCCGGCUGGCUGUGCUCCUCGCACAAUGGUCUCGACACUCAACUCUGCGCUGUUGGCGGUUAGUGGCGGGUAAUGCUUGGGGAGGCAGCACUUUCGCGUGCCCGUACGGCCGGCGGAAAACGCCUGUCUUUUCGACCAGCCGAGGUUUGUGCGCUCGUGCAUGCUGCGGGUGUGACGUCGUGUAGUACGUACUAUAGUUGUUGUGCUUUUUCUUUUUAUUGACUGUUCGGGUGUAGACAAGGGCGCGUUAGAUGUGGCGAGUACCGGGGGAAGGCGGGGACGUACUUGUAUGAUUUUGUUAUUCGCAACAGUGCCGUCGGAUUGGUGGUCGGGGUACGUUGGGAAGAUGGAGGCCUGGUCUAGCCAGGUGCCCGCCAAGCCAAGGAAGCGGGGGCUCUGGAGCUGUCGCUCGCGCCGGGCGUGCUUCCUGCACGUGGGGGUGUAUGUGAUGUUGUGAUGUGUGCCGCCCAGCGAGCGAUUUUCAUCUCCCAGGAUUCUGUGCUGUCAGGCCUUUGCCGUGUGCGUGUUUGUGUGUGUGCGAUCCGUUCGUGGUACUUGCACUUGCGAGAAAGAAGAGCAAACAACCAAGGAAGAUCACGUGAAGUCGGAAAAGUUGGUUAAUGUACUGCACGUGUGCUACGAAAGGCACUGGUCGAUUGACACCCAAGCCACACUCGAAUUCAGCAAAACCUUAAGUGGCGCUUUGAUUUAUUCCGGCUCUGAUUUGUAUGGGAAUUCAAGCAACGCCGUUUAUUGGCCAGGGGUCAAGUACAGAGCGAACCGCGAUGGUGGUCACCCCCCUGCCCCUCCCCCACCCCCCCCUCCCUUUCGUUCCCUCACCGCUGACAUUCCGUCGUGCGUGUCUUUUUCCCUAGUCAAGGGCGAUUGUUGUACCUUCUAGUUCUUGUUUUGCUGUUUUUCCUGGCGUUUUUCUGGACACCGCUGUUGUUCUCUCUACCAUAACUGGAGUUGGUCCAAUUGGAGAGGCAUGCGUGUGGGUAGGCACACCACCAACUUUUUCCUCGAGGAGAGGAAGGCAAUCGCAUAUUCCGUGCUCGUCUAUUCCACCCUGCUGAUGGACUGCUGUGACGGUUUUUUCGCCCCACGCAUCAGAGCUACCAAAGCAGGUGGUUGGCUGUAAUGGUAGGUUCGGUUUGAAAGGUUGGGGGAAUAAACUGUAGAGCGGUGGAUGGGUCAUGUGUGUGUGGGCUCGUUAUUUGGUUGAUGUUAGGGAUGGAAUAGAUGUGGAGCUUUGCGGAGCUACUGCUGUAGCCCUCUAUGGCAGCAUGAUGAAGAAAGAAGGAGAGGGGUUGGGCAGAAGAAAUACGACGUGGUAGCCGGGUGAGUUUGUUUUGUUUUUAUUUAUAGGUGUCACGUGUUCUUUUUGUUGGUGCUGAAAGGAAAGGGAUGGUCAGUUGAACGUUUUUUUUUGUCGUGGUUGGCGUCGAUGGUUGAACGUCUAUCGUGAUUAGUGUAAUGCCUGUGUAUGCACCCAAGUCGGUAACGCGGCUUUUCUUUUGCAACUGCAACAGGCCGUAGAGUAGGCUUCCCAAGCACACAGGACACAUGUGUAUGGGUAUGGGCUUUAUAUUGCAGUUCGUGUUUUGAGUGCGCAAUACCAUGUUAAAAUGUUGUGUUCUGUUUUCGGUUGUUUGUGUCAGAUUUACAUAAGGCGGUAGCUCUAUUAUACGUGGAGCUUUCGCUCUAAAUGUGUUCUUUACUUUCUGUACAAUUGCCAGAGGGAAGAAACGGGGGGAGACGUUGCACGUUGUGUAGGCAUACCGCGAAUAUUGUGGAGAGGCGAAUGCUAUAGGUGCCACAGCAGUAUUGACGAGGGUAUGGCUGCACCACUCGUACCCCAGGCAGAUACAUACGUCGAGUGCGCGUGGGUCUGCACGUUGUGUGAGGCGGGCAUUGUUUUUUACGACGGUGUGCUGUUGGGCGGUGGUGUACUCUAUUGAAUGAAACCACGCUUCUAACACGACAUUGUACCAUGUACUCUUCUCGGGUAGUUGUUGCCUGUUGUCAACAAAAGGAAGUUGUCCGCGUCAGUUGGACCGGUACGGAUGUUAAAAGGUACUGAAGCAGAGUUCAGAACGUAUUUUACUGUGAAGAUAGCAACAAGUUGUGCCCGCAACUCGGCGACUCCGCCGAAUGCAGUGAGCUGAUCAAGUGCGACGCGUCGAUGCAUAAUAAUGG